AAUGGAGGUUCAGCCUCGAGAAGAGGCUACCGCCAAGGAAACAAUCUGUCCAGUGGAGGUUCAGCAGCCUGGAGGAGAGCCUACUACCCCCAAGAUAACAAGCACAAAAGAGAUCACGAGCGACGAGCUCGUGUUGAAGCUCUGCAAGUACCUCCUACUGCUGGCCUCGCUAGUGGCCACGGUGACGUAUGCCGUGGGUUUCAACCCGCCCGGAGGCGUCUGGCAGGAUACACCGGCCGGCAAGCUCGCCGGCGAGCCCAUCAUCCGGGACACCCACUACCGCCGGUACCUGAUUUUCUUCUACUCCAACGCUGCAGCGUUCGGCUCUUCGCUCGUGGUCGUCGUCCUUAUGCUCCUCCUCGACUUCCUUUACAAGAACUGUUAG